UGGGUUGCCGACCCCUGCCUUAGGUUUACGUCACGCUGGACCUCCACUGUUUACUACGAGGCCACAGAUGACUUUAGUGCGUUGGUGACGUCAUACAGUCCGCAUCGAGGCUGUGUUGAAAAACUGCGCAGUCGCCCUGCGCAUCCACCAGCUCGUAGGCAGCGCAGCCAUUUCUGCGUGUGCCCCUCAACACGCACACUGAGGUGUUGUGUAUUCAUCACACGUCGAGGAAUGGUCGCAAACUGAGUUUACUGAAUCCGCCAUCUCGAAACUUUCUUUGGAUUUGUAGUGUGUCUACAUGUGCGUGUCCGCGAUGGAGGCCACUCGUCUGCACCGAGGCAGCUGCGAGCUUGCAACCGUAAAAAGCAGCCAAGAAGACGAGCUGGAAGACUCCUCAUCACAGCUGCUAACAACAACUCUAACCCCAGUACACCGCGGAAGGACGCUUCCCCCCGGUUCUGAUUUCUCCUCCAAAGCCGUCUUGUGUCUGAUCGACGCUGUCGGCCGCCGAUGGGGCCUCUACGAGACAAGGGAACGCUCGCAGCUCUUCCAGAGCGUCCAGGAAGAGCUGGCCGCCAAAGGCCACAUCCUUCCUGUCGAGAAGAUCCGCCGCAAGUGGAACAACUUGAUUGUGACGUACAAAAGGGUGAAAGAUCGCAGCCGCGAGACCGGACACGACAAGACGUCCUGGGAGUUCUUUGACCUGAUGGAUGCCACGCUGUGUGACACGGUGGGUUCUUACAUCAGUAACAAACGUGGCAAAGGAGGCGGCGGCGCCCCAAAGAUUACACCCAAACUGCCGACCGCCAUCAUCCGCACCAAUGGGAGCUUCUCCUCCAUGCUUAUUCAAGCAGAAUCAGAGGUCAAGGGUCAGUCUCCUGCCAGCAGCAGCAGUAGUAACAGUGAUGCCAUGUCUGCGACUCUUCGCCAAACAGAAAGUCUGGACCUCAAACCUCUGCUGGUAGUAAAUAGUGACAUUGUUACAAGCAGUCUUCAUUUAACCUCCACUGAACCACCGCCAUCUUGUUUCACACAAACCGCCCUCCCUUCGCUCGGGUCCGAUAUGAACAUGUCCCGCAAAGCUCGGCCAUCCCCGACAGACGUCAUAUGCUUCCGUCGCAGUUUCCCCGAAGGCCACAAGGCAAACCAGGAGCAAACCAACGCCUGCUUGUACCAAGAGAUUUUGAAGAAAAGGGAGGAGCAGACUCAGCUGGACGGCGUCGCUCAAGACCGGGUGCAAGCGAGGGAAAGACGGCGUGAAAGGAGGGAGGUGCGGAUGGCGAAGUCACUUUGCAGGAUUGCCACGGCUCUGGAGCUGCUCUCCUCCAAGCAGGACACGGUCAUUGCUCUCCUGCAGAGGCUGGCUGACAAAAAGUGAGGAAUAACACGUCAUGCCAACACAAAACUACCACAUUCUAAAAUUUUUCAGCUAUUAUUGCAAUUUUGACUAAACAUUACGACAAUA